AUUGGAAAUGACAUAGUUUGCAUCAUCUUCAUGGAAGCAACAAGUACCAAGUUUGUACCUGACUGCAUUAAAUCAAACUUUCUGCAUACUUUUAUUAUUGUUCAAGUGGAUGUAGAAAACAAUCCAGACAGUUACACAGUAUCAGUGGUGUCAAGGAGCGGUGUGUUACCAUAUGGCCCACCUCUUUAUGACAAGUAUAUAUUUGAUAAGGGAGAUGAGUUUAGAGUAUGGAUCCUUAAAAAGUUAUUUCAAGGAGAACAAGCAUGUCACAGGUCACCCAGCUUUGCUAGGUUACAUGCGCGGACCAGAGCACUCAUCAUGGGAGAACUACUGAAGUCUGUCAGAAAUUCACAAUCUCAAACCUCAGCUAUACCUAGGGCAUCACCUGAUCAGUACAUGACUGUGGCACAGGUGUCCAGGGAUUUCAGUUCAGUUUGCUCUGUCACGCAAGAUGGAGGGGACCUUGUGGUAUUCCUAAUAGAAGAGGCAGACAAGAAAAGUUACAUUGGUGUGAAGUCAAUUAUGUCAGCUAAGAGCAAAGUUUUUCUAAAGAUGUUUUCACAAGAGCUCGGUCAUAUUUAUGCUCAUCUGCCAGUGGGCAGGGCAGGCUCGUUUACGGCGCCACCUGAACUGAGGCGCACGACCUCCUCCAAGACCCGCUACUCAGGAUUGCGUAGCGGGAAGAUGAACCUGGAGAAAUUGCGACGCAGUCGAAGCGAAAGCGACAGCAGCCAUGACGAGGGAGUCACCCUAGAAUCAGUGACAGAUCUUCAAAGCAGAAAAGAUCCUGAGCGUUCGAUGGCUUCGUCUAAAAUGCAGUGCAGUGCAGAGGUUAUCGUCGUGAAGCAGUUUGAAAGUGGCGUAUUUGAAGCCCUGCUGGAGUUUCUUCAUGUGGGAUCAUGUGACCUAAGACCCAGUCUCCUGCCAGGCUUGUUUGCAGCUGCGCAAUAUUAUCAGGUGGAGGAAUUACGUCAAGUCUGCGUCGAGAGCAUGAAGCAAAGAGAAGUAUCACCAAGCUGCAGUGAGCAUUCACUGACGGAUUUGGUGUCGAACAACCUUACUAGUCCUACAGUAGGGAGAAAUGUACAGACGGAAUGUGUCAGUGAUACACACUGCUAGAAAUCUUUCCGAAAAACAGAGGAUGAUAAAUAUAAAGAAAAGUCGUGAGGUUUAGAUUCCAAGAGUUGAAUGGUUGAAUUUUAUCCGUCUUCAGUCGACUUUUGUAGCGUGGUAGUAGCGUGGUAGAGAUUAGAACGAGCCAGCUCCAGGGGACGACGGGAACGUAAAAGUUAAACGAGGACUUCCCUUGUUCCUCUUCCUAUCUGUCCCCGCGCGGAUUCCUGUAGAGACAACAGACUGGGACGAGUCAGCUUCAAUUUCAUCUGCAUUUUAAGUUAGGGUGAACUUUUGUUGAUUUUGAAGAACCAGUCGUGGUUUGUAUUCGAUGAAGAUUAUCAUUAGUGGAUGUGUAUAUUGUUGUAGUCAAGGUAAUGGCAUACCUUUAACUUCGUCAGCCUACAGCCAAUCAUAUUUUAGCCAUGUAAUUUAGUAUUAUCAACUGUGUUGAUAACAUUAAUUGGCCACCACCGUAAAGAGUUUUAAAGCUGACGUUUCGAGCGUUAGACCUUCGCCAAUCGCUCUGACGAAGGGCUAACGCUCGAAACAUCAGUCUUUAAACUCUUUACGGUGGCCAAUUUACGUUAGCAACUCAGUUGAUAAUACUAAAUUACCCUGUUAUACUCUCCCACCGACGCAGCACAACAGUUUCCUCAGAAACUUACCCACGUUUUAGCCAUGACCUGGUCCUUCUAUCUGUUCAUCACAGACAGACACGCUGGCCAUACAUUUGCCGGAAACCAUUUUAUUCCACAGUCAUCG